AUGGCUGGAAGUCUUACUACGUACGAGAUGUCGCGGGCGGAAAGGUUUGAGACACUUCUACCGAAUGAAACUUUCCCACCAGCGUACACCUCCACAACUCCAGCGGAGGAAGAACUGUCAAACGCGGUUGAACUGUUUCGUACCCAAUAUCAUGAAUACUUCCCAAACCGUGCUCCACUACUACUCAGACCAUUAAAUGAAUGUCGAUCUCGCAAAAUAAUAUGUACAUUUAUUAAACCAACAGUUUUUCCUUUUGAAGAACUUUUUGACUUGGAGUCAUGUGCCCGUUUUUUUGCAGGUUAUAUGCGUUAUGAGACACUUGACGAUCCGGAAAAGUUGCCAGAUAUUGUUGUGUCCCCUGCUACUGCUUUACAGUGGCAAAUUGCGAACUGUUUUGAGUUAAGUCUCUUGCUUACCUCUGCACUUGCUGGUGCAGGGUACAACGCGUAUGUUGUUGUUGGAUAUGCCCGUAAGUUUGUUUGCGAGAAUGACUACUCAAAACGUACAUGGAACGAUGAUGAAGGCCUCUUCGACGAGGCAGAAUCUGAUGAUGGAGAAGAGAAUGAACCACAGAUGAACGGUGAGUACGCAUCACUUGUAAGAGAGCGACCAGUGCUUCGCGGUGUUAAUGAUCCCGAUCCUGUCUACCUGCAGCAACAGGAGCAACAGGAGAAGAAGUCACAAUCUGAUGGUGAUGGUAAUGAUGAUAGUGAGGGUAUACAAUCACACAUGGAACGCCAUUCCCAGCAACAACAACAACAUCAUCAUCAACAAGAGAAGAAGAAAAAGGGUCAUUCAACGAUAGGCAGUCUGGAUAAUAAUAGCGGUGGACAACAGUCAGAUGAUCGAUCAGACAGCAAUGAAAAACUAAUACACUCUUGGGUACUUGUGCUUCCAGGUGGACGCAAAAGCCAGAAGGAGGCUGUCUUUGUUGAACCAUCUACUGGUGAAUUAAUUGCACCUGACGUAGCGGAUGCCUUUUAUACCGGUGUUGAAGCAGUUUUUAAUGGACGAAACUAUUUUGUAAACCUUUCACUUAACACCCCAGUAAAUGCGCUCUCACUUGAUUUGAAUGAUGGAACCCAGUGGGAAGGUGUUAUUCUCGAUAUGGAUGAGGAAGAUGAACACGAUGUGGCACUCUUUGCCGCUACAAAUAAUAUAGAUCGCUUUAAUUACUCCACUUCGUUUAGCACGCGCUGGCGACAUCAUCCUGCUGAUACCCUUCCUCCACAUAGUCCUGGAGGUGCAUUGGGCGGUGGUAGUAGUGGUGCAGGGGCAACUUCUGUUGGUUUUGCACCUGCCGCUACUGUAAAUGUCUUUGCUUACACCUUGCGGGAUAAGUUACCACGACCCAAGUGUUCAUCAUGGGUGAAAGAUUUAAUGCUGAGUCGAGCUCAGUAUGAAAGCCGAUAUCCUGGUGGCCCAAAGGUUAUUCACUACGCCAACGCUACGGUUCACUGGUAUGCAGACUAUGUAAUGCCGGAUCUUCGAGUUGUGGAAUUACAUCUGCCGGAUACCAUGUAUCAUGAUCGGGAACAAGUACAUAUUUUAUUUAAACACCGUGAAGAUAAACUACGUCGUCGAUCUAUUUAUCCAACGGAGGGUGGUUUGGUGGAUACUGCUAUUGAGGCUGAAUCUAGUUUCGGUUUUGGCGCAGCUGUUGCAGGAAGUUCUUUCCGCCUUUUGAAGGAGUGGUUUGAGCGUGGUAGAAUGCGGGAUGCCGCAGUGGAGGGGUUACGUCUCUUUACGCAUGAACUUGGAGUGCAACGUACCAUGACAUUCUACUGGGAUGCCCGUGAUGAUGGUCUUUGGCGCCGACAGGAGUUAUUUUACGAAGGUUGUAUUCUACGCAAGGUGAAGGAAUUCUACCGGAAGCGUGAUGAUCACUUAUGGUAUCGCAGUGCGACGUUUGAGCGGAGUAAUGCGACUGUGCGUGUGGGUCGGAAACGUGGCAGUGUAGUUGGUGAUCGUCCGGCGGAUGAGGCUCUCCGCCUUGAUCCCAUUCGGAUGAGUGAGAAGUAUCACCGUAAUGAGGAGCAGUACCCGCAUCCGGAUGAGGAUGUGGCGAAGUACGCCUUUGUCCGUCGUCCUGGUGGUGGAGGUGAGAUGUGGGUGUACUUCCACUAUCCCCCGAACAGCAUUAUCUGCCCCUACCGCAUGUACACCAAAGGAGCCCGCGGGGAGGAGUAUCUCGCGGCUGCCUUUGGCACCGACCCCGCCGUUUCCCCCUCGCCGUCUCUGAUGGUGUGCCUGCCGAAUGCGGAGCCGCCGUCGGAGUUGGAGCAGCACAACGAGAGGAAGCGGCUGGCGUGGUGGGAGACGGUCUGCCUGGGGCGCGUGCGGGCGUCGAUGGGGGAGUGCGGGGCGGUGCUGGAGACGGUGCGGGCGGGGCGGGAGCCGCGGGCCGGCGGGGUGCUCUCCGCCUUCGACACCCUCCGCAACCGGCCGCAGGAGUCGGAGGCGGAGCGGGCACGGCGACUCGCCGAGGCCGCAGAGAGAGAGGCCUCACGCAAGGAUUAUCUCGCCCCGUAUAUCGCAAAACUCGAACUCCCACGCGACUUUGAUGGGGAUUACAGGCAUGUCGUACUCACCGCGGAGCAGGCACGGCAGGUGCGGGAUGAGGCCCUGCGAGAGUUAAAGGAACGGCUCAUUCAACGAGGACACAUCAUGCAGGCACAAAUGGACGCCGAGAAGGAGGACUUUAAUAGGCGGCAGAUGGAAUACCAGAGUAACGUGGACGCUGCAAAAUUAGAUGCCGGUAGAGAAGAAGAAGAGUUCGCACAAUACUGUAAAGAGGCGACGUGGCGUAUGAAGACACUGGAUGAACGUCUCGCAAAGCAUAUUGAUCAGUCAAGUGAAAAAUACGCGAAACUCGCACAGCGACUCGCAGAUGAUCCUCGACUGGCCGUCCUGAGCAAACCACCAGCACAGUCUUAG